GAACGCUCGCGGAACGUGCAUAUUGGACAAUAAUCUAAGGAAAAUUUUUUUUGCAGACGUACUCGAAAAAUCGAAAUCAUCGAAACCGACCAGUGCUAAAGUUUAACUUUGUCGUGUCCAGAAAUUUGCAUUAAGAAAAAAUGAGUUUGGUCUGGACUUUGAUCGCCGGCUUUCUCUAUGCAGAGAUUGCAUUGGUUUUGCUACUGGUGCUGCCCGUGGCCAGCCCCUACAGAUGGAAUCGCUUCUUCAAGUCCAAAUUCCUGGCCUUGCUUGCACAGCAGGCGCACAUCUACUUCUUCUUAAUUAUGGGUGUGUUGGUCUUGUUCUUGCUGGAGGCCAUUCGUGAGAUGCGCAAGUAUUCGAAUUAUGAGCAGUCCGGCGAGGUGCACCUGAACGUGGAGAUGCAGCACAGCAUGCGUCUAUUCCGUGCCCAGCGCAACUUUUACAUCUCUGGCUUUGCGAUUUUCCUGGUUCUGGUCAUCCGCCGCUUGGUUACACUGGUGUCAGCCCAGGCCAAUCUGUUGGCCCAGAGCGAGGCCUCGAUGAAGCAGGCCCAGAGCGCCACGGCUGCGGCUCGUUCCCUGAUGGAGGAUAAGAAGACCGAGAAGGCUAAGGAGGCUGGUGAGGACACCACACUGAAUGAGCUCAACAAGCUGCGCGAGCGCGUCCAGGAGCUGACUUCCGAAUUGAACCGCGAGAAGAAGGACAAGGAGGCUGUCAAGUCGCAGGCCGAGAGCAUCAACCGUGAAUACGACCGCCUGACCGAGGAGUACAGCAAGCUGGAGAAGCGCAUCACCAUCGGUGGUGGAACCACCACUGGCAGCAAGGAUGAUUGAGCACUCGGCAAGGCGGGGGCACCCGAGCCCAAUACUUUAAUACCGAUAAGACUUAUAAACGGCGGUGGGGCACAGCGACAGCAAAAACACACAUUUAACAAAAGAUUAUUAACGAUUAGAAAUCGAAAAGGCACACAUUUUAAUGUUAAUUCUCAUAUAUAUAUAAACCACACCGCACCCAUUGAUAAAGGUUUAUUGAUGCGUGUUGCGAAUUCUUUAUGUUCUGUAUGCCAGAAAAUUUUUGCUUUCUACUCGAUGCAUUAACUUGUAUAUCUUAAGUUUUGUUUUGCCACAGGAAAUCACACUAAUCACAUGAACCGUGGCUAAUAAAAGAACAACCAUAAAACGUGUA